AUGACAGAGAAAGCACCAAGCCCGAAGAUGUCCGAAGGGGAACAAGCUGCCGCUCCCGUGGAGCACUUAAACAUCAAGGUAACCGAUAACAAUAAUGAGGUCUUUUUCAAGAUCAAGCGAUCAACACCUUUGAAGAAGCUCAUGGAUGCUUUCUGCGAUCGUCAAGGAAAGCAACAGGCUACUGUGCGAUUCCUCUUCGACGGCACUCGUGUUCGUCCUGAUGACACACCAGACACCCUUGAUAUGGCUGAUGGCGACACUCUAGAGGUGCACCAAGAGCAAAUUGGUGGUUGA